GUAGUUCUUGUGGUUCUUUGAGCUUGGAUAUCUGAUUAUGUAUUAUUACAUUCUUCGAACGCCAACUUAGGUUACACAUAAACGACGCGCGUUACUUGGGCGCAGUGAGGCGUCAGACGCCGACCACACUGUGAUCCGGGAGCACUAAUGCGAGUGUCGUCGUCGCGCGUUGCCAGGCGUUGUGGUUGAACAACAGGACGCGACGCGACGCUUUGACUUUGCGCCAGUAUAAAUCAGUUAAGGUGAUGGAAGUAAAGCAAGCGUCAAAUCGUCAAGACGCAGCGACGAUAACAAAAGUUAGUUGUGACUCUGAAAAAUACAGAAGGUGCAGUUUGUUGAACAUCAUACAACAUAUUGAUAUUUGGGGGCGAUAUGGAACAAGUUACACAGAUAAGAACAGACUUCGUGUGAGCAAACCAGCUGUCACUUGUAGCUCAAUAUCCUGCACUUCAAGAAUGUUUGACAGCUGUUCGCAAGUUAAAAAUGCGUUUGAAAACAAGUUAAAAAAAUUAUCGGUGACAACCAAGGUGUCAGGAUUGUGGCCUGGCCACGACAUUCUGUCCAAACGCAAAAGAUCCGCCUACAAGAGCGCUAGUCCGGAUUCCAAGCGAUUAUUGAACAAAACUAACACGGUCUUCAGUGCUAUAGUGCCGCGAUGAUUGUGCAAUAAAUAAAGUUUUCGACUGAGACGUGUUAUAAGGCCUAUUGCAAAAUUUCUAAGGCUCAAUUUUACAUCGCCGCGGAAGGAAAUUAAAGUGUAUUUUGUAAUGAAAUGUGCAGUCAAUGCUCUAAGAUACCUGACCCCUUAGCCAUGGACCAACAAGUCAAGAGACUGCUGAUCUCUUCACUAUCGUAGCUCGUAAUCCUAGCUCUGGAAAAGGUCAAAAUCCCAUCUUAUAAAGGAACGCGAAAUGACGACAUCAUCAACAAAUGAAUGACAAAU